AUGCCGCCCGCGCCCCUGGACCCGGCAUCGACCACGAGGAGGCCCCCGCGGGAGAGCUGGGCCUCCUGCGGCCCGACCGCUUCGCCUCCCCGUCCACUCCCCACGGGGGGUCCGCCCCCCCUUCGCCUCCACCCCCCACGCGGGGUCCGCGCCCCCUUCGCCUCCACCCCCCGGGGGGUGCACCCCCCCUUCGCCUCCACCCUCCGCGGGGUCCGCCCCCCCUUCACUUCCCCCCACCCCGCGCGGGUCCGCACCCCCUUGGCCUCCCCCCACCCCGGGCGGGUCCGCACCCCCUUCGCCUCCCCCCGCGGGGUCCGCCCUGCCCCCCCUCCAGACCACAGGGCUCAGGUCCGCAUCCUCCCCCGCCCCCACCCCGAGAACGCGCCCGCCCCGCUGACGCCACAAAGCCCCGCGCCCCGCCCUCCGGCCUCCGCGGGCUUCCCGGGCGGUGGGCGCUCUGCCCUGCGCCUGGCCGUGCGGCGUGCGCCCCCUCCGAGGACAUUGGGGGACUCAGGGCGGCCCGGCACCGGCACUGAUCCAGAGCCCUCGGACGGCUUCCCGCCGGCCUGA